UUUGGAUUGGCCAAAGCUGUCGGAACCAACAAGAACGAAUGCGAGCGAUCCAACACCUUCGCCGCGCCAUCGCAAAGCACGCUCUCCGCGCAGUGGCACCUGCCGCUGUGGCGCGUGGUCACCAUCUUAUGCGCCGGUCGAUGACUGUCUCUCGGCACGCCCAUAUUGCUGCGUUCUCUUCGGCGGCCGCGCCAGCGCAGCAAUUCAAGAUCGAGCGGUCGGCCAGCCUCAAGGAGGUGCAGUUCAAGACGUCGGGCGCGACCAAGGUCGAGGUGCAUGUGCGGCCUUCGCUCAUGGAGCACAUUGAAGUGAGCGUGCAUGGCACCGCGUCGCCGGACGCCUUCCGUGUCGAGGAAGCGUCGGCCAGCUUGCUUCAGAUCGCCGAGGACGACUUGACGGCGCUCGCUGGCGCGCCCGUGCACGUGGACUUGGCCGUGCCAAUGAUGCUUGGCCUGCAGCUCUCGCUUGUUUCUGGCGACGUCCACUUCCACGACAAGAUUGAAGGCGAUGUCCGUGUCUCGACCGGCGCCGGCAACAUUGAUGUCCACAAGGUCCGUGGCAUGAAGCUCCACUUGUCGACGAACGACGGCACUAUCCGCGUGCACAACCUCUUGGAAGGCGACGCAAUCUCGCUCUCGGCCAAGCAGAUCGAGUGCAAGAAGAUCAUGGCCAAGUUUGCCGACGUCAAAAUCACCAAGUCGCCCGUCGCGCUCGACUCGUCGUUUGGCGCCAUGUACGUGGCGCAGGCCGUCGUCAACAGCGUAGCAACCGGUGCGCUACGCAUUGGCAACAUCCACGGCGCCCUCGAUAUCAAGAGCCAAGACGCGACGCUCAUCCAAGUGGCAAGCGUGAAUGGGUCGCUGGCGAUCGAAGACGUUGGCGACAACUGCGAUAUUGACGUGCACUACGACAGCCUCCAUCACGUCACCGACGGCGAGCAUGCGAGCAACCUCUCGUGCGGCGGCCAAAUCCAGCUCUCGAUUGAGCCCAGCAUGGAAGCGCAGCUCGAGUUGCACGCGGAAGAGAUCGCGACCGACGGCUGCAAAUUUGCCGCGUUUGAUCUCGACCAACUCGAAGACGACUAUGCGAUUGCCACCGGAACGCUCGCGGCGCAGGCGGCGCCAGCGUCCACGUCGGCGUCGUCCGGCAAGAUCAACCUCUCUGGCGCGAAAGACUCGGCGAUGACAACAUCCUUCUUCUCGUCGUCGUCUGAUGCGGACGACAACGAAGACGCAGGCGAAAGCCGUGGCCAUGAGAUCCCGACCAUCUUUGCGCACGCAUGCAGCGGCAAGAUUUCGGUGACGCAACUCAACUGGAUGGAGAAGAUCCGCCGAAAGCACCAAACGCGGUCGGUUUAAGUUCGUGCGCUCCGUCAGGCAGCUCGACGCCGCUGCUUCCUGGCACCUCGUAACCAAGAGUAAUCUAGCUUCAGUUGCACCGGACGCUCUGAUGGUUCGAAUUGCA